GCCAUGUGCCGAGCGAGCGGGGCCUGGGACCUCUGUGUCCUCAUUCACACUGCAAUUCCAAACAAGACUUCUUCAGGUCUCGGUCUCACACCAAGUGCUUCGAGAUAUUCGAUGGCCGCAUGAUCCUUUUAUGCAAAUGGGAGGAACACGCUUUACAAAAGCCUCACAGCGCCUACAUUCGUUUUGUUUGUUUCUUGCACUGGGGUCGUUUAUCUGGGGAUAUAAUGUUGGCGUCCUCGCCUCGGUACUCGUCCACCCCGGUUUCAAAAAGACCCUCCACAGGCCAGAUGCCUCUUUGAGCGGGCUCAUCACGGCCAUCUACUACCUCGGCACUUUCACUAGCUACCUUUUCUUUGCUCAUCCGGCAGCAGACAAGCUUGGCCGGCGCCAUGCUGCCUCCGUGGGGAUGGGGGUAACCUGUGUUGGUCAGGCGCUUCAGGUCGGCGCCACGGGAUCAGCUGCACAGGCUUUGGGGAUGGUGAUUGUUGGGAGAAUCAUAGCAGGAGUAGGCACCGGGAUAAUUUCAACUAGUGUUCCCUUGUACCAAAGCGAGAUUGCGCCAUCCAAGCAUCGUGGCAGGUUUGUUGUGAUGAAUCAUAUCGGAUUCAUCGCAGGGCUUGCCUCUGGGUUUUGGGUUGGUUAUGGGGUGACAUUUUGGGAUAGCGAACGAGGUCUCCAGGUGGCAUGGCGUUAUUCUCUCUCCGUGUCUUUUGUCCCGGCUUUCUUCUUCUUAGUUGGCCUGCCGUUCAUGCAUGAUUCACCCCGGUGGCUCGUAGAGCAUGGAAAGAUUGAUGAGGCCUUCACCACGCUUCAGUACUACCGCGAAGGGUAUUACACAUCCGAUGAAAUCUACGACGAGCUUGACGACAUCGAACGCUCUGUAGCUUCUUUCAGAGUCACUGGCCUUGUUUGGACAUCUAUGUUCGCCGACAGAAGUCUCUUUGCUCGCAUGUGGCGAUCGGCACUUUUGCAGUUCCUGGCGCAGAUGUGCGGUGCUACGGCUAUGAAAUACUACCUUCCUGCUCUCUUUAGAGCUCUAGGCUUGAGCCAUCGAGUGUCUCUACUCGCAGGGGGGAUUGAAAGCACCCUUAAGAUCGGGUGCAAUGUGCUGGAGAUGUUUAUCAUUGAUAGAGUUGGACGAAGGCUGACACUUGUUAUUGGAGCUGUUAUUAUGGCGUUCUCCUUGCUGAUCAACGGCACUUUGCCUUUGAUUUAUCCAAAUAACUCCAACACCGCAGCAGAUUAUGCCUGUGUGGUCUUUGUUUUCAUCUACUCAUUGGGAUACUCAAUGGGAUUUGGUCCAGCUGCCUGGGUGUAUGGUUCCGAGAUUUUCCCAACCGCCGUCCGAGCACGGGGCCUCAGCUUUGCCGCUUCGUGCGGCGCCAUAGGCUCCAUCAUCGUCACCCAGAUAUGGCCCAUUGGAAUCGCGGCCCUCGGCUCCAAGAUCUACUUCUUUUUCAUCAUCAUCAACCUAGUAUCAGUUCCCAUCAUUUACAUCUUCUUUCCAGAAACGAAAGGGCGCGCUCUGGAAGAUAUGGAUGUGCUAUUUGGGGGACACGACCCAUGUGUCUCGUCAGAGCACCUAUUGGCUGACGGGGAGGAUGAAGACGAUGAUCAAGGCCCAAGGAGAAGGGGAAGUCCAAUUGAUGGGGGAUUCUGGAGGGAUUGAAAAUCGGGAAACGCCAAAGCAGGAAUCAAGUUUGAAAAUGUGUGUUUUUGACUAUUGCGUCUAUGUACAAUGUUUGUUCUCAAAGCAAACACUAAUAUGAACAGAGAAUGAUGGUCUGUUUGUGCAGGAAG